UGGAUGGGAGGGAGGGAGGAAGCAGCAGACUCAGUACCAGGCAGUGCUUUCCCUCAGUGCGGACGGCGUUGACAGUCAGAGGAGGAGGCUGCUACAUCGUAUCUCCUCCUGCUGCCUAUCUCUUACAGGGAGCGUUUUCGAGGCCACUCUUGAACCAGGAGGAUAUUCAUUUUUUUAUUUUUUUUAUUUUUAUUAUCCACAUCUUUUCUACGGAUUCCGAACCGGGGAAAUAAAAUAAAAAAAGGAGCGACGGGCGUACCAAUGUUCUCCUUACACGAGGGUAGCGGGUUGCUUCUGCUCUCGCUCUUAGCAGGACUGCAGAUUGCAGCAGAGGCGAGGGGUGCCCCACCAUGCAGGCCGGGCUUCUCAGAAGAUCUUUACACGGUUGUGGUGCCAGAUAUCACAGAGGAAGGAUGGCAUCUUUUCAAUGUGAAGUUUGUCAGCUGUGGCCGAGGAGGUCUGGUGCGGUUUGAAUGCAGCAAUCCAUCUGACUUUCGGAUAGAGGGUGACGGAGUAGUUUACGCCGCAAGGACUCUUCAGCGCACUCCAGUCCCUGCAUCGCCUUUGCUGAUCAAGGCUGUAGACACCACCACUCAGCAACAAUGGGUGACACAAGUCAAGAUGAUGCCUCCCACACAGGUCCAGGAGCGCGCCGUCCCUCCAGUCAUAUCCAAAACUUUAAAGGAAAUAGUGUUUCCAUCACAAAAUGCGGACAGCACGCUGAAACGCAUAAAAAGAGACUGGGUCAUCCCUCCAAUCAAUGUGCCUGAGAACUCCAGAGGCCCAUUCCCACAGGAGCUUGUCCGGAUUCGCUCAGAUCAUGAUAAAAACCGGUCCCUCAGAUACAGCGUGACUGGUCCAGGUGCUGACCAGCCCCCAAACGGAAUCUUUACCAUCGAUCCCAUUUCUGGAGAACUAUACGUCAACAAGCCCCUCGAUCGAGAGCACAUUCCCAACUUCCAUUUGAGAGCUCAUGCAGUAGACCUGAAUGGCAACCAGGUGGAAAACCCCAUAGAUAUUGUAAUCAACGUGAUUGACAUGAAUGACAACAGACCUGAGUUCACCCACCAAAUCUGGAAUGGAACUGUUCCAGAAGGUUCCAAACCAGGAACUUUUGUUAUGACUGUAACGUCUAUUGACAAAGACGACCCCAAAACGGCAAAUGGCAUGCUUCGAUACAAGAUCUUAUCUCAGAAUCCAGAGAGUCCGUCCUCUAAUAUGUUCACGAUCAACAACAAAACUGGAGGCAUCAUUACAGUGGCUGCAGGCCUGGACAGAGAGAAAGUGCCUCAGUACACUUUGAUCAUCCAGGCAACUGACAUGGAGGGUAACCCCAUGUACGGCCUGUCCAACACAGCCACUGCUGUCAUCAGAGUCACCGACAUCAAUGACAAUCCGCCAGAGUUUACCGCUGAAAUGUUUUUUGGGGAGGUGCCUGAGAAUGCCGUGAAUGUUAUAGUGGCCAACCUGUCUGUGACUGACAAGGACCAGCCCAACACACCUGCCUGGAAUGCAGUGUACAAAAUCACCGGGGGCGACCCCACCGGCAAGUUCUCGGUGCCCACCGAUCCAACUACUAAUGAGGGUCUGGUAACAGUGGUCAAGCCCAUUGACUAUGAAAUCACCAGAACGUAUGUGCUGACAGUGGAAGCGAGAAAUGAGGUUCCUCUGGCCAGAGGCAUUCACUCUCCCAGACAGUCCACCGCCACAGUCUCCAUCAGAGUAAAAGACGUCAAUGAGAGUCCUUACUUUGAUCCCAACCCCAAACUUAUCAAGCUGGAAGAGGGAAUGAUGCCAGAGUCGACUCUGACCAUUUUCACGGCGCAGGAUCCAGAUCGAUACAUGGAGCAAACCAUCAGAUAUUCCAAGCUCUCAGAUCCAGCCAAUUGGCUGAUGAUUGACCAAAACACUGGUCGGAUUAAAACAAUUGCCAUUUUGGACCGAGAGUCGCCCUAUGUGAAGAACAGCUUAUACAAUGCAACAUUCCUGGCCACUGACAACGGCGAGAAAAAAGCAAGCGGAACAGGCACCCUUCAGAUCUAUUUGGUGGAUAUCAACGACAACGCACCAAAGGUGUUCCCCCAGGAGGCAGAGAUAUGUGAAAAGCCCGAACCAAAUGCCAUCAACAUCACGGCGCUCGAUGGGGACUUGAUCCCCAACGCAGGCCCGUUUGCCUUCGAGUUGGCCCACAGGCCCUCGGACGUCAGGAGGAACUGGACCAUAACAAGAAUAAGCGGUGAAUAUGCUCAGAUGAGCCUGAAGAUUGGCUACCUUGAAAGUGGGAUCUAUGAGGUCCCCAUCAUAAUCACAGACUCGGGCAACCUGCCCAUGUCCAAUACCUCCUACCUGCGGAUUAAAGUGUGCCAGUGCGAUAUGAACGGAGACUGCACUGACCAGCAGCACAUUAUGGCUGCUGGUCUGGGCACAGGAGCCAUUAUAUCCAUCCUCCUCUGCAUCAUCAUCCUUCUCAUUCUAGUGCUGAUGUUUGUGGUGUGGAUGAAGCGGCGUGACAAAGAGCGUCAGGCCAAACAGCUUCUUAUCGAUCCUGAAGAUGAUGUGAGGGACAAUAUUCUGAAGUAUGAUGAGGAAGGUGGCGGAGAGGAAGAUCAGGAUUAUGACCUGAGUCAGCUCCAGCAGCCAGACACGUUAGAGCCUGACGCCAUCAAGCCGGUUGGAAUCCGCCGUCUAGACGAGAGGCCCCUCCACCCCGAGCCGCAGUAUCCAAUGAGGUCAGCAGCACCCCAUCCUGGAGACAUCGGAGACUUCAUUAAUGAGGGAUUGAAGGCAGCCGACAACGACCCCACUGCUCCUCCCUACGACUCCCUGCUAGUGUUCGAUUACGAGGGCAGCGGCUCCACAGCCGGCUCCCUAAGCUCACUCAAUUCCUCCAGCAGCGGGGGCGACCAGGACUACGAUUAUCUCAACGACUGGGGCCCUCGCUUCCGAAAACUGGCGGAUAUGUACGGCGGAAGCGACGACUAGACUGGGACACCACGACGGAUACAAAGUUAAGAUUUAAAAAAAAAAAAAAAAAAAAAUGAAGAGAAGAGAAGAGAAGAGAAGGAAAAAUUUCCCAUUGAAGGACACAUACAGCUUCUGAUAUUCCCUGAGAGUGAUAGAACUGUGACUGAAAAGAUACAAAUAAUAAACAUUGAUUCAGAAUUUUUUUCUAAACAAAACACACACAAAAAAACAACCAACCUAGGCUUAUUGUUGUAGUCUACGCAUACAUAUGCUUGUUGAAAGCUUAGGCAUAGCCUGUGCUCCAAGUGUGAAGGAUGUUGGGAGAUGACGCUCUGGACUGUCGCCACUCGGAUUGUCGGUAUUGAAUGCGCUCAGUUAAACUUGAAUUUCACAGUACAGAAGCACUGGGAUAUAAUGUGCCUUUUUGUACAUUUUUUUGGAUCUAAAUGAUUAGUUUUAUGUUCAAGGCUUUAAUGGUACUGACUUUUGGAGUGAUUUCAAACAGUAUGUUACACUCUGGUAUGCUUCUACGUGCUUUAUUUUAUUUUAUUUUUAUUUUUUCCAGUUACACAAUGCUCCUUUUUGAAGAAUAAUUGAAUCCCGGAUGAAAGAAAAAACGAUUAUGAACAGCACUGUACAGUAUGCUAGACCUUUAGAAAUUUCUCACAAAAAAAUUAAAAUUAUGCAGCUGGUGGCAAAUAAAGGGAGUUAAAAAUCACACUUUUUGUAGCAGAUUUUUCAUUUUUGUUUUUUACUUUUCUUUUUUUUUUUUUUUUUUUCAUUUUGAGGUGAUGUAGUAUUUUACAAAAACAACAAAAAACUGUUUUGGUCUAAACUAUUACACUUAAUUUGCCUUAGUCAUCUGAUAUUUUCAACUUAUACUUCACUGUAAAAAGAUGUGUGUACAUACUGUUUUCUUUUACUUUUUUGUUUGUUGUAUUAUGACGCAGUGCAAAAGUUCCAAACUUGUAAAUGUAUAAUUUGGGCAACAAAUUGAAGUUUUUUGCAUGUUUUUAUCUUUUCAUGAUGACAGAAAUUUGAGAAAAAAAAUUGUUUCCCAAAUUUAUUUAAAAGUGGAAAAAAUACAGUUACAUGUGUAGAAGUUGAAGUUUUUUUGUAUAAAAAUAAAUAAAAAAAUUAAUAAAAUGACCAAAAAAAAGAUUUAAGUAGUAAUCUUGUCAGCACAGCAUUUGAAUUUGUACCAAAAAAGGGAGAAUGGGCUGGGUAACAUGCUAAUUGGCCAUGACUAAUGAUUCAGCUUUAAGACUGGAAAUGGUUUCGGACUUGAGCCUUGUGGAUAACUGUGUGUACUGGAACACAACUUAUACAUCUCUGAACCCCAAUCAUCCAAAUAAAAUGCUGAUUUUGGA